AUGCUAAGCAAUUCGUUUGGAAUAUCACGAAAACGACCAUUAGGAACAUCGGACCAAGAAAACGUCUGGCCAUCACUUUUAGGAAUAGAUGUAAAUGAUUUCGGUGUAGCAGUCAAACAACCACGCCUUGCGUUAGAAUCAGUGACGAAUGCUCAUCAUUUAUUUAAUACAAAUGAAAAUAUUCUACCAUAUUCAUCUCCAGAUUUUUUUGCGUUAAAACCAGUAGACACAUGGUCUUCACUCGACUUAGACCGCGUUCAUCUUACUCCAACACAAGAAUCUCGAACGACCAGUGUAGUUCAUUCCGAAACUCGUUAUAAGAAUGGUUCAUUUCGUCAAGUUUUGAAAUGGAUUCGGUCUUUAGGUCAAUAUGGUGAUGGUAACAAUGCUUUCAGAGAACCAAACAGUCUUGCAUGGCUUGAAUCAGGCAAAAUAGCUGUUGUCGACACCAACGCUCAUUGUAUCAAAGUCUUCCACAGCGAAACAGGUCAAUUCGAAUAUUCGUUUGGUCGUGGACGAACACUCGGAUGUCAAAAUCUUCUCUAUCCCUACCGAAUUGCUGUUGUACCUGGUGGAAGUGAUCAACUCGUUGUCAUUCAACGUCAUCCACGACCACAAAUUCAUGUGUUCAGUGCUCAAGGUGAAUUCAUUCGUCGAUUCGGUCAACAUCUCGAAAAACCUCGUGCACUAACAGUUGAUCAAUCACAUCGUAUCAUCGUCAUCGAAUCACAAGUUCAAAAACUACAUAUCUUCUCUCUCGAUGGCAAAGUUCUUUCGUUAUUUCACUUGAAUGCUCAACUACAAUUUCCCACAUCGAUCUGUUCAAACAACUACGAAAUCUUCAUCUCCGAUAAUCAUCUGCACACAGUCAAAGUGUUCUCUUACAGUGGCCAACUGAUUCGAGAAAUCAAAGAAUCGAAUUAUAUAACAUAUCCAACAAAUAUCAAGUUGAACUCGAAAGGACAAUUGAUCACGAUUGAUAAUCAUCAAGGAUUGAACAUCACCGUUUAUGAUGAAUAUGAUCAAAAGAAGCGUUUAGGUGCAUAUACUGCUCGUAUUUGUCACUCUCAAAUUCUUGAUGUUGCGAUUGAACCAAAUCAAAAUAUUCUUCAUUUGGCAUCGAAGGAUUAUCGUGUUUAUACUUAUCAACUUCCGUUGUAA